CGGAGGCGCUCGGCGCUCGGCCCUUGUCUCCUUCCCCAAGAUGGCGGCGGCGGCGGAGGGCGGCGAGGCGGGAAGCGGCGGCGCGGAGUGAGGCGGCCGCGGCGCCUCCCCCCCGUCCCCUGCCCCCGGGGCCCGCUCGGAUCUUUUCCUUUAGAUGGGAACAGGGGAAGGAGCCCAGGCGUGGCAACACAUUCUCAGGCUCCUGAAGGACCGCCAUGGCUUAUGAUGACUCCAAGAAGAAAGAAGAGUUCCUAGACAGUGACCGAAGUGAUGUGGAGCUGGCUACGGUCAGGACACAGCGAGAGAAAAAAAGGUCUUACAGGGAUCAGCUGCAAGAGGAGGAGAGAAUAACAACACAGGACAGUGAGCUCUUUCCAGGAACAGAACCUCACAAAAAGAAGAAGAAGCACUCCUCCGAUGAGUACUGCUCCAGAGAUCUUUCAUCUUUGGAUCCACCAUCAAAGAAGAAGAAAAAAGCAGUUUCUAGCCCCUCCUCUGCUGAUAAAAACAUGGAUGUGCUCAAGGCUAUCACCUCACCUUUGGCCACAAGCUCCAAGUCUUCAAAGAAGACAUCCGAAAAAUCGUCUUACUCUUCCUCUGGCCAUUCUGAAAGCAAAAAGGAGCACCACAAGAAGAAAUCGAGCGGAAGCAGUGGGGAGCACUCAGUGGAUGAUGGCAGCUACCACAAAACUAAAAAAAUGAAACCUCUCUAUGUGAACACAGAGACCCUUACUCUUCGUGAACCUGAUGGCUUGAAGAUGAAGCUUAUCCUUUCACCAAAAGAGAAAAGUAGUGCAGCAGAUGAUGAUUCUUUCUCCUACUCUUCAGCACCAGCAGCUGCAAAGAAAUCUUCUAAAAAAUCAUCUCGAGAUGAGCAAGGCUCAUUCCAUCUGGGUCAUGAAGUGCAGAGCUUCCAGAAAUCGUCCCGGAAGAAGCACAAACCUCCUCCAGACCCACAUCCCCCAUCUGAGAGUUUUGGUGCCGACUCAUCCGUGUUUUCAGAAGGCCAUGGGAGUGAGUAUGAGACGUCAGGUGUGGAGGCACCACCAGAAUCUGGUUCCUCUUCUGGUGGGGAGUUGGAGGCUGGAGAACUAGUGAUAGAUGACUCCUACCGGGAAAUCAAGAAGAAGAAGAAGUCAAAAAAAAGUAAGAAAAAAAAAGACAAGGAGAAACACAGAGAGAAGAAGCACUCUAAAUCUAAAAAGAGUUCUGGGCACUCUUCUGUGGCAGUAGCAGAAGUAACAGUAUCACCACCACCACCUUCGAGUACUUCCUAUGUUCUUCCUCCACCUCAUCCUACUAUUUAUCACUCAGAUGGACAAAGUGAGAAGAGGAGGAAGAAGGAAGAAAAGGAGAAGGAAAAAGCUGAAAAAUGGGAAAAGCCAAAGAAGAAGAACAUGUCUGCUUAUCAAGUGUUUUGCAAGGAAUAUCGUACAAAUAUUGUGUCAGAGCACCCCAGGAUAGAUUUUGGAGACCUAAGUAAAAAGCUGGCAGAAGUGUGGAAGCAGCUCCCUGAGAAGGAUAAACUGGUCUGGAAACAGAAAGCUCAGUAUCUGCAGCACAAGCAGAAUAAAGCAGAAGCCACCACUGUGAAGCGAAAGGCAUCGUCUUCAGAUGGUGCUCCAAAAAUAAAAGCUUCUCCACCAGGAGUGAUUUCCCCUCAAAAGAAAUCCCCCACCAGCACUGUGGUGUUGCCUUCCUCACCAGCCAAACUCCCUGAGACAGAACCUAUAGAUGUAGCUGCACAUUUACAAUUGCUGGGGGAAUCCCUGAGCCUCAUUGGACACAGACUGCAGGAAACAGAGGGAAUGGUGGCUGUUUCAGGAAGUUUGUCAGUACUUCUGGAUUCUAUCAUCUGUGCUUUGGGCCCAUUAGCAUGUCUGACCACACAACUACCUGAGUUGAACGGCUGCCCUAAGCAGGUUUUGUCAAACACACUAGACAACAUCGCCUACAUCAUGCCUGGACUUUGAUGGGAAAAGAUCCUGGGAUUUACUCAACUUCUGUGUAACUGACCUGUGUACAUAUGCACUACACCGGCACUCCCAAAGGACUCUGUGUGUAGGGUUUUAAUUUUUUUUAACUGUACAGUAUAUGCAUAGGAUUGUAACUGUCUUAUUUUUUGGAAAGGUGUGAAGUUAAGCUGAGAGAACAGAUCUUUGCUGGAGGAUGGAAUGUCAUCCAAUCUAAAAGUAUUUGUAUGAAGAAUUCAGAAAGGUUUUGAGAUACUAGCCUUAAACUCAGAUCCUUUACUGGGGGAAGCAGCCAGAGAAUAGACUUCUCAAUAUAAGGAAGGACACAUCACCAUGAGAGUAGUCAUAGAAACAACCCAGAGAGGUUGCUGAAUCUCCAUCCUUGAUGAUAUUAAAAUACUGAGUGAGCGGCC